AACACUGAAGGGAAUACCGUCGAGAAGUGUGGUCUAACGAGUCCGGGUGGCGUGAUAUUCUGAAUAUCUUCAACUGAAAUGGCUUCAAAUUUAUUGUCAGUAAAGGAGAAAUACUUCUUAGUAAGUAACCCUGAAACUGAGCAGGCGCAACUCUACAUAACAUGGCAGUCAUUGCGCAUGCGCAGCUCCCCACCUCAGAGUCGCCCACCCCCCACUACUGGAAUGGCACUUUGUUUACCAAUUGCUACGACCGACGAACUAGUCAUUCGGCCAACUAAACAGGCGUAACCCGUUCGCCUCCGUUUGUUAUUCGCAGUCGCGCGUCGCCAGACGACGCACGCGACAUAUUUCACCGCGUCAUGACCCUGUGACGUGAUAGUAUGAGUAAAGCCGAAGUCUCGGCGGAAGCCGCCGCGCCCAGCGUGGCCAUACACGUGGACCACUUUGAUGAUCAGUAUGAAGAAAACUCAAAGCUUCUCGGGCUACACGCUCCAACGCCGAUUGUUACGCCCUCUGGGCAAAUGCGGAAGGUGAAGAGUUUCACAGAUACACACAGAAUACACGAUGUCAGAGAUGCUUCUGGUGCAGCCUCAGCACGGUGUCUCCGGCCAUAUGAUAGACAUGAAGUCAGUGCCUUUCCUGAGCCUUCGGAAAGUGGUACCAAUCACUAUGGUGCUCCGUCUGUACGCUCUUUAGCUUCCAUUGGAAUGGGGUGCACGGACGGUCGCAAAAUGGUUAUUAAACGUGUACCAACGUCACCUACGGAAUUGUUCCAUCUAGUGCGUCCUCCUACGCCACCAGAUGAAGAUACAGCAUCACAUGAGACAUGCGAGGAAGAGGAAGAAGACGAAGAAGAUCCACAUUUGAAGCCACGAAGGCCAUUUUGGGCCAAUAAAAUCCAAUUUGUGUUGGCGUGUGUUGGAUACUCCGUAGGUCUAGGCAACGUGUGGCGUUUUCCGUACCUGUGCUACAAAAGUGGCGGUGGUGCUUUUCUCAUACCUUACUUUAUAAUUCUCCUCGUGUGUGGCGUCCCAAUGCUGUUCAUGGAGUUAGCUGUGGGGCAGUACACAGCACAUGGGCCAAUCGGUGCCCUGUCUCAAAUAUGUCCGCUCUUCAAAGGUGCCGGCCUAGCAAGUGUGGUGAUCUCGUUCCUCAUGUCUACGUACUACGCUGUGAUAAUUGCAUGGGCAAUCUACUACUUUUUUACAUCGUUUAAAUCAGAAGUACCAUGGGCCAGUUGCUCUAACCGCUGGAACACUCCUCAGUGCUGGGUGCCGCAUCACAACAUUACCAAACCCAAUGGAUCUCAGACACCCACCGAACAAUUCUUCGAGAAAAAGGUCUUAAGCAUGAGUGAUGGUAUUGAGUGGCCCGGUGGCAUGCGAUGGGAACUGGCGGCUUGCUUAGUCUGUGCUUGGCUUUUGGUCUACUUUGCCCUAUGGAAAAGCAUCAAAUCUUCAGCCAAAGUCAGAUACAUCACCACCACAUUACCUUUUCUUCUGAUCAUAGUUUUUCUUGGCCGUUCUCUAACACUGGAAGGUGCAGACAAGGGACUGCGAUUUUUUUUCAAACCGGAGUGGGAAUUGUUAAAACAAUCCAGGCCUUGGGUUAAUGCAGCAUCACAAAUCUUCAAUUCAAUUGGGAUAGCUUUUGGGUCGAUGAUAAUGUUCGCUUCAUAUAACCGAUUCGACAACAACUUCCUCCACGAUACAUUGGCAGUCUCUCUUAUCAACGCCGUCACCAGCCUCAUCGUAGGGAUAUUUACCUUUGCUACUAUCGGGAACAUAGCAUUUGAACAAAACACGAGUGUAAAGGAUGUUAUUGCUGACAGUCCCGGACUGCUAUUUGUCGUGUAUCCACAAGCUAUAGCAAAAAUGCCAGCUUCGCAAUUAUGGGCAGUGCUCUUUUUCUUUAUGUUCCUUUGUCUCGGUUUGAACAGUCAGUUCGCUAUAGUGGAAGUGGUCGUAACCUCAAUUCAAGAUGGCUUCCCCGAUAUGAUUCGAAAGAAAUUGGUAUACCACGAGUUAUUGGUGCUGUGUGUUUGCGUUAUAUCACUUUUCUUUGGCCUGCCCCAUAUCAUACACAGCGGCAUAUACGUGUUCCAGCUAAUGGACUACUAUGCUGCCUCCCUCAGUAUUACAUAUCUUGCCUUCUUUGAAGUUGUGGCUAUUGCAUGGUUCUAUGGAGUUGGACGACUAUCCCGAAACAUAAAGCAAAUGACAGGUCGUUAUCCGUCAUUUUACUUCCGAUUCUGCUGGCUUCUGGCUACACCUGCACUACUAUUGGGUCUAUGGGUAGCCAGCUUGGUAGACUACACGCCACCGAGCUACCGUCAGUACCAAUACCCUGUUUGGGCACAGGUUCUGGGCUGGACCAUUGCUUCGCUAUCACUUUUAUGCAUACCAGUUUAUGCAGUAGUCAUGGUGAUACGAUCGCCAGGUGACAACUUGAGGGAGAAACUACGUAACUCCAUCCGUCCAGCGUCAAUAUGCGACUGUGGUGUAAAUGGAUGCGAUAUUUGUGGAUCCGAGUCUGAACCGCCCGACGACAAACCUAACAUCAACUAGUCAUUUUCAUAUUUACAUUAAAUUACAAAAAAACGAACAAUGCUGUGAUAUAUUGAAAUGUUCUUCCCAGAUUAUCGCUAAAAACUAUUUGUUGUCGACCCCAUUCGAGCUACAAUAAUCUCAAUAUCGGUGACACAAUUUGCGGCACUCCCCAGCGCAUGCCACGUCGAACUACUCGAGAUAAAGAACACUAAGUAGCAGAAGAUUACAAAACCUUCUUAAUAAACAUAAUGAAAAAGACGAUAACGUAUAAGUGUAACUACACCCUAUUAACUACUGUCUUAUAUCUACUUUAAAGUAAGUUUCAAGUUUCAUUUUGCUGUUGGUAUCUUUUAAGUAUAUUACCAUAUGUACUUUCGUAAUAUGUAAUUUAAAAAAUCAUCAACCAGAAUUAAAAAUUGAUGUAGCCUAUAAUAUAUAUAAUUUUUUUAUCUACGCAUAUUAUGUAUUAUAUUGAAUAAUCUGACAUGUUAAAUAGUGAAAUACAACCUACAUAUCAAAUUAUACUACAAAAAACUUGUGAUCAAAGACAUUCCAGUUCUAAAGUAAAUUUAAUAACUAGAUUUAAGUAGGAACCUUGAAAAGGUAUUAAGAGAAUGAAAAGAAGAACUACAACCUAUUUAUUAAGUACCUACAUAAGAUUAAUGUCUUGGUUCAAAUAUAGCAAAAAUCGAUGGUUGUGUUGAAAAAACCUUUUGUUCAAAUCAUGUCUAGAUAAUGAAGUUGUUACUACAAUUCUAUUUUAUUCUACUAAAAACUAGAAGUACAACAGUAAAUACAUAUAUCUAAAAAAAAUAUUCUUAGUUACUCAUGUAAAUAUUUGAAGUGAAUGUGUACAUAAAUUUCAAAGGAAUUGAAAUAAGUUGUAAUAAAAGUCGUAAUAAAAGGUAUAACAAUAA